CAGACCCUGGUUACGGCCUUGCAGGAAAGUACCCCCCAAAAAAAAGGUAAAAAAGGGAAGUUGAACGUGAGUGGGAGUUCUCGAUUUUUGGUCAUAUUUAUUAGACUAUUAGACUUUCUCUGCUAUUAGUCAUAUUAGACUUCCUCCUCUGCGCUCUGCGGUUGGCACAGUGGGAAACCCCCGCAAAUCCCACACGGAAACCCCCCCACUUUGGCGGAUGUUUUUAAACAUGUUGCGCGAGAAGAGCAGCACAAACUCGACGCAUUUUUACCUCGCCUGAACACACCGACUCAUCGCUCUACAGUGACUCGUGUACCUUACCAUCACUAAAAUGGCGGCCAACCUUAAUGUUGACGGAGCUCGGCUUCUAAUCGGCGAGGACAGCGCAACUAUUGGCGUUGAAGAGGACACAACUCAAGGUAAGCUUGUUACGCCACCAGGUGUCCCAGGGUUGUGUGUAACUGCAAAAGCAGCCGCCCCGAAUGACCUCAUAACCGAGGGAUCGCUACCUUUGAGUGGUGAUAACAGCACGUCCAAAGCCUGUGACGGAGGUGUAGCUGUGGCUACAACAGCCCCAAAUCUUGAUCCCGAGUCCAACGGGAAAUCUGGGGAAAAGCGGGAGAGGGAAUCGGACAACACCUCUGGGAUUCGGGUCAAACGUCGUUUGAGACUAUCAGAGGAGCAAGAAAGUGUACAGGAUUACGAUGCGAGGGGCGCCGAGCUAUGGAUCGAUGGAGAGAUUGCCGCUUGUGAAGCUUAUGAAUCACCUCAAGCCAACACCACCGCCAUACUCCAAAACAUGCUCAGAGACGUGAUACAAUUAGACAAUGGCGUUCAACGCAAUAACAAUUCUUCGGCUCAGCCGGUCCCCCAGCUGACGGCCGGACCCCAAACCACCUUAACCAACUGUUUUAAAGAGCUCCUCAAGACUUUUCAUCAGAAUGAGGUGUUGCGGAAUGGGGGUUUCGUCAAGUUGAUCAAUUUAGUUCGUUGGAUGCAAAGGGAUUCCAGAGUGUUGUCAAAUGAAGUCAAUAGUACUCACAGGGUACUCAGUCAAAUUCGGGCGGAUCAAAGACAGAUGUUAGAUGAGUUAUUUCUUAUGUUGGAAAGAUUGAAUGUCAUUCAAACGUAUGUGACAGGAUUGCACGAAACAGUGAUGGGCGAAAAAUGAUGUGUCCGUUUACUGAUUUGUGCUUGAGCCUGGUGUUUUUACCGGUUCUCAGUUUUAUAUUGUAAUCACGAGUGAUUUUUAUGGCACCUACGCGUGUUCUUAAGCUCAUGCAUGUGUGUGUUAUGCAUGUAGUUUUUAAAUAAAUUGCUUCAAAAUGGCACUGACAAAUAACAAAUUCCUUAUUUCUGACCUGGUGACUCCCCUGACUGCCUCUGAUUGGUUCAUGCUCUGGACAGGCUGCAACCUGAUUG